AUGCUUAUUAUUAGCUUACUCGGUUUUUUAGUUCCAGUACUACAAGGAGUCUCGCGAUGUUCGACGCCAAACGCCACAACCUACCUCCGAUCUGAAGGAACACGAUUAAUGGAAUUCUCCACAAAAGUGCUAAAAGACGUGACACUCAACGAAUGCGCAAACUCGUGCUCAAAAAAUGAUGGAACAGACGAAUGUUUAUCAUUUGAAUAUGACAGCUCAACUCUGCAAUGCUCGCAACAUUCAGACGACGGGCAGCCAUUCGGAGCCUCAGUACUAGCAAAAGCUUCGCAGACAAUUUCAUUUUUUCAGCAAAUAUGUCUUCUAGAAGAAGCCCUAUGCGAAGCGCCAUAUUCAUUCGAAAGAUACCCGCAAAGUAUCCUAAUUGGGCAUGCAAUGAAGGUCGAAACCGUCGACGGCCUCUCCGUGUGCCUUUCGAAAUGCUUAUUAGCUCAUGAGCAAUUCAAUUUUUUGUGCAAAUCGGUUAUAUAUUACUACGAGACCGGCGAAUGCAUUAUGAAUCGCGAUUCGAAGUUCAUUCAUCCGAAAUUGUUUCGAACCGGCGUCGCCGACACACUCGUCGAUUAUUUCGAGAAUAAUUGCGCCGACAUCAGCUGCUCAUCGGGAAGCACCUUGCAUUGGGUGAGAACUGAAGAAUAUUCAAUAGAUGAAGCUAAGGAUGUGAUCGUUGAAAGCUCCGAUGCUCAGCAAUGCAACCAACUAUGCCAGGCCAACAAAAUCGGCGAGGAGCAUUUCCCGUGCAAAGCGUUUGCCUACAGCAACUCCAAACAAGAAUGCCACUUGACUGCUGAAUCGUCCUAUAUUGGGCAUAAAGGGGAUAAGACGUUCAAUCUUGCGCCGUUGUCGAGCGGAGAGUAUUUCGAAAAAUACUGCCUAAAAACAAAUCUUCAAUGCAUUGAAGCGAGCUUCGAGCUCGUCGCCAAUCGAAUGAUGAUGCUCAACUAUCGAACCGUAUCAGCUCAAUCGCAGCACGAAUGCCUGGCUCAGUGUAUGCGAGACGGCGCGCGUUGCGCCAGCGUCACCUACUUCUACCUCGACGAUGAGUGCCAAUUAUCGGACAGCUCGCAAUUCUCGCGGCCUGAUCAAUUCGUCACUGCAAACUUUACCGAUUACUUUGACAAAAUUUGCGAUCCAACCGAUCCGAAGGCCAUCGAUCUUCCGAAGCUUGUUGAAAUCAAUGAAUCGAAAGAUGAUAACCUUUUGAAUGCUACUAAUGAAAGGACUGUUGCUCAAGGAGCAACAAACUUCGAAGUGUCGACGUCGGAUCCAUCCGAAGACGUGAAGGAUCUCGAAGCGUUGAAUGCGAUUCAUGGAGAUGAGAGUCGAAUGGAAACACUAACCGAAGUCGAGCAAACUGUUAUUGACGACGCCGAUGAGUUCAACAAAGUGACGUCAUCAUCAGAAGAGCCUUCAGAAGCCCGAGUAAAAGCGCAUUUAUCGACAGAAUGCCGAAUGUCUGGAAUCACCGUUUCAAUAAGCUUCAGCGCUCCAACGUCAGGCACCAUUUAUAUCAAAGACCAUUUUUCGACGUGCCAUUCAGAAUUCGACAAUUCGACAUCCGCCGACCUCCACAUUCCGCUUCCCCGUGAGGACGACGCGAAUCCGCGUUGCGGCGGCACCCAAACCGAGCCGGCGAAAUGGAUGUUCGAGGUGGUCGUCGAGCGCAACGAAAUGCGAUCGCCGUCGUUGAUCACGACGAAAGACAAGACGUUCCACGUGACAUGCGACUACACGAAAAUUCUCGACAAACACCAAUUGGCGGCGUUGCGUCCAAAAGGCGACGGCAUCGAAGACGAGACGAGCGAGAGGAUUCUGAUGGAAAUUGUGAGGAACGGCCGAGCGGUGACGACGGUGCCGCUGGGAGCCGAAGUCAUCCUCCGAUGGACAGUAAUCAAUCAAUCGUCCAAUUUCGGCUUUUUCAUCAAUGACUGUAUCGCAGAGCGCGUUGGUGGCGAAUCGCCCCAUCCGGAGCCUCUCAAAAUUAUCUAUCAGGGAUGUCCCGAAGAGAAGGUCCGCAAUCGCCUAUUAAGCGACCCAAUAACGGAGCACAAUGGUGUCUAUUCGACAAAGAUGAAGGUGUUUCGAUUCGACGGCUCGCGAAGGGUCCGAAUCAAGUGCACCAUCGAUGUCUGCGUUGAAAAGUGCCCACCGGUACUCUGUGAUGAUCUAGACGUUCGCAAUGUGGAUAGCUACGGAAAAAAGAAGAAAAGAGAUACGACGAGUGUGGAGAAAUGGCUGAGAAAAUCGGCGAGCCGAAGACAAAGGAGCAUUGUCGCCGGAACGCUCACCAUUAUUGAUGAGGCCGAGAGAAAAUUGGAAAAACCGCGUCCCGAAUUCUUCACAAACUCGUCGAGUUUUUGCGUGUCGAAGAAUCGCGUCGAGCUCGUCGUGAUUCUCGUCGUCGUUCUCGUUCUCGCCCAAAUCGCCGCCGCCGCGUUUUUCUACAACAAAUGUUUGCGAGUGCGCGACGCUGAGACGAGAAGCCUCUACUCAAACUCAUCGGGCGCCUACAGCACCUGUCACUCGCCUCCCAGGGUCCCUCCAAGGCUGCAGCACUUUACUUAA